UGACAAGUAUAUAUUGGUCCAGUGUUUACAGUUAGCAGGAUAGAGGUCUUUUGUUGUUGAGUCAAAAUGUCCCGGCUCUUUGAGAGCCCACGGUCUUUCUCGUAACUCUUCCCCGAGUAUUUUGUCAAAGAUACUGGUAAAAAAGUUUUCACGAGACAGGUUUAUUUUUUCUCCAAACUUUUUUUUUGUAUUUUUUUUUGUAGGUGUUGUUGUUUUUCUCCCACUUAUUAACUGAAGAGGACGCUUCACUUGGCAACUUCUGCACAAGGUCAUCUUGUAGUUGAGAGCGGGUCUACAUUAAAGGUGGCAGCCAUGGUGUUGAUUCUGGGCAGAAGGAUGAUCAGGGAGGAAUCUGCGAUCAGAGACUCACCAGCUGUCAAACGCAAGGUGUUUGAGGUUGAUUCCAAAACUUUUGCCAGCCAGGAUGUCUUGGACUUCUGCUCUGGCGCAUCCCACUCAGAGGGCAUCCUGCAGGUGUUCAAUGAGUUUCGUGACAGCCGCCUGUUCACUGAUGUGGUCAUCAGCGUGCAGGGCCGCGAGUUCCCCUGCCACCGCGCUGUGCUCUCUGCAUGCUCUUCUUAUUUCAGAGCCAUGUUCUGCAACGAUCACCGUGAGAGCCGUGAGAUGCUGGUGGAGAUCAACGGGAUCCUGGCAGAGGCGAUGGAGUCCUUCCUCACCUAUGUUUAUACCGGCCGCGCCAAGAUCACCACUGAGAAUGUCCAGUUCCUCUUUGAGACCGCCAACCUCUUUCAGAUCACCACACUGCGCGACGCCUGUGCAAAGUUCCUGGAGGAUCAGCUGGACCCGUGCAACUGCCUGGGCAUCCAGCGAUUCGCAGACGCUCAUUCGCUGAAGCAGUUAGCCAGCCGCUGCCGCAGUUACGCCCUUGCCAACUUCUCAGAGGUGGCUCAGCAUGAGGAGUUCCUCGACCUACGUAGAGAAGAGCUCGAAGAGUACAUUGGCAGUGAUGAGAUGUCCAUCGGCAAGGAGGAGGUUGUGUUUGAGGCAGUGAUGCGAUGGGUGUACCACAGUAUGGAGCACAGGAGGCCCAUGCUGAAGGCCCUGCUGCACCAUGUGCGCCUGCCCCUUCUGCACCCCAACUAUUUUGUCCAGACAGUGGAGGGAGACCAGCUCAUCCAGAAUGCUCCAGAGUGCUACCAACUUCUCCACGAGGCCAGGCGCUACCACGUGCUCGGAAAUGAAAUGAUGUCACCCAGAACUCGUCCACGCAGGUCGACUGGCUACUCUGAGGUGAUUGUGGUCGUGGGUGGCUGUGAGAGGGUGGGGGGCUUCAACCUGCCUUACACUGAAUGCUAUGAUCCAGUCACUGGAGAGUGGAAGUCACUGGCCAAACUGCCUGAGUUUACCAAGUCAGAGUAUGCUGUCUGUGCCCUCCGCAAUGACAUUCUGGUGUCAGGUGGUCGUAUCAACAGCAGGGAUGUGUGGAUGUACAACUCGCAGCUCAACCUGUGGAUCAGAGUGGCUUCUCUGAACAAAGGCCGCUGGAGACACAAGAUGGGUGUCCUACUGGGCAAGGUCUAUGCUGUUGGAGGCUAUGAUGGCCACAGCCGCCUGAGCAGUGUGGAGUGUUAUGACUCCUUCUCUAACCGCUGGACUGAGGUGGCACCGAUGAAAGAGGCAGUCAGCUCUCCUGCCGUGGCCAGCUGUGCCGGCAAGCUCUUCGUGAUUGGAGGAGGGCCCGAUGACGAAACUUGUUCAGACAAGGUGGGAAACAGAUGUGUGCUCCCCAAACCAGCAGCUCAGGUUCAGUGCUAUGAUCCAGAGACAAAUUCCUGGUUACUACGGGCCAACAUCCCCAUUGCCAAGCGCUGCAUCACAGCAGUGUCCCUCAACAACCUGAUCUAUGUGUGCGGCGGUCUCACCAAGUCCAUAUUCUGCUAUGACCCCAUUGAGGACAACUGGAUACAUGUGGUUCACACCUUUAACAAACAGGAGAGCUGUGGCAUGUCAGUGUGCAACGGCAAGCUCUUCAUCCUCGGUGGCAGAGGGGAAAGUGGUGAAGCUACUGACACCAUCUUGUGUUACGACCCAGCAACAGGCAUCAUCACAGGAGUGGCAGCCAUGCCACGGCCAAUCUCCUACCAUGGCUGUGUCACCAUCCACCGCUACAAUGACAAGUAUCACAAGUCCUGACUAUAAACAAACACACAGACGCACAAGAGAGAGAGCGAGCAAACUAUACAUCUUGUAAGUCUUUGAAACUCAAGCUCUUUGCGUUCAUCCCAUGUACAGCACAAACACUUCUUUACAACGGGCACAUUUAAUCUCACAGCACCUUUCAUCUAAUUUAUUCUCUUACAGCUUCAUGUAGCAUUAGUUAACGUGGUGCUGUAAAUCUUUAAUUGUUGUGCACCAUAGCUAUAGUCCUUCUGUGAAAAUGCUUAGUGGUUGAUAAUGUUAAUGACCUGUCUGGAACUGGGCAGAUUUGUGUCACAUCAGUAGUAACUGCACAUGGUUGGGGAGUGAUGGAGCACAUAUAACAGAAUUAUAGAAAACUGAUUAUGAUUUAGGUCAAUCAAUUCGAUUACAGAUAUUCAAAGAAAACACGAUUACUAGAUCAAAUCACAAAAAACUAAAAUUUAUUGGAAAUUUAAUGCUCUAUAAAUUAUCAUUUAAAAAAAGAUCAGAUAUGGGUUGUCUGAUAAUAGCGGCCAAUAUGAGCCUUUCACAGGCAUAUCAGUAUCAGUGUUAAUGUUUUGCUGUAUAUUAGCCAAUAUAAAAACUUUUAUUUCAUAGAAUAAACAAUGCUGAAAUGCAUUUAAAUGUAUAUCAGUACCGGCAUCGGCCCCCAAAACUCCCUAUCAGUUGGGCUUUAGUUUAAAUUAAAAAUAAUAAUUAAUAUAAUAAUUAAAUACAUUUUCUUUGAGGAAAACAUAACUAGUUAGACAUUGUAAUGUGAUCUUAAAAACUUAAAGUUCAUGUACUUGGCUUUUAUCCAUACCACGUCAUGUGGCCUAAGUACAGUGUAAAGGUCUUUUGUUUACAUUUGAGUCUUGAUUUCCUGAAAAGGGCCUUUUUAUAUCGUUGAAAGGUUAAGUGAGUAAAUGUUCGUUCAGAAAGUUUUCCCACAUAACCUGUAAUAUUUGUUUACAUUUUCAAAGAAAAUAAAUGAUGCCUAGUGUAGAGGAUGGUGAAACCUGAAGUUUGGUCAGUAAAUGUUUUGCUUACCUAACUGCGUGUUGUGUGCAUUCAACACUAACAGAAGGUUGUAAAACUAGUAACGUUAUAGAGUAAGUGAUUUAACUGUGAUAUUGGUUAUAAGCAGGUAAUCAGUUUGACAGGGAACUUCCCAACAAUGUGCUCUUAUUACUGUGCAAGGUCACCUCAUCGUGAGUCGCUGAUGAGCUAAUGUGAUCACAGAUCAUGCUGAUGAACAAAACGAUGCCUCGAGGCAACAGUUUGAAAAAGUACCAAAGCCAAGAGUGAUCUGCCAGCAGAAGCAAAAAAUGACAUGUUUUUGACUAAAAGAUGAGCAGCCAGGUCAAAUAUCUGUCCUAGUGCCCACUGCACUCAAUGCACAUAUGUACAUUAAGUACAGUAAACAGCACUGGUAAAGUAUAGGGAAAAAAGUAUUGUUCUUCAUUUUUUUGUGCUCUUUUCCAUGACACUAAAAAUGGCCUGUUCAAAUGUGGUAAACAGUCAUCCAGCUGCUCACCACAGUAUCAGCAGUCCUAAAUAAAGUUGAUCUUACCCAGGGUUGAGCGAGGGGAUGACGAGCGGAGGCUGCACCAUGAUAUUGGAACAUGGUCACUGUUAGCGUUGCCCUCUUGUUUCCUUUACUCUAUCACAUCCCUGCACUUAUCACAGAGUGUCACUUCCCGACGCGUUUCCCUUUUCACUACUCCAGCUGUGUCAUCAACUCACAUUUUCUGCUUUUUGAGCUUUAUUUUUUUAACGAUUGUUCUUAUUACGCUCAUUACUGAUAUUUUGUUUUCCUUUUUUUAAGUUAUACUGGUUUACCUUUAAAAAAUAAACAUUGGAUGUUUGUUGUAUUAUCUGAAGCUUUAUUGUAUCUAUUUCAUAUCAUGUUAAUUGAUUGGUGUACUGGGCUUGUGUGUGGUUUUUUAAGAUUUGAGAAGCCUUUGCAGAUCAAACUCAAAGACUGUUUUGAAUAAGUGGCAUGCAUUGUUUGGUGUGUAUGUACGUAUAUUUGUAUGUGUGACUUUUAUGACUCAGUCUGGAAGUGUUGGGGCCGCGGAGGUUCAUCAAGGAGUUCCAGUGUGAGCGUUACAAGACUGCUCACUUCUGUCAACAGAUCCCUUCACACUGAUGCGGGCUCCACUCACCUGUAUACUUGCAUGUAAAGAUAUAACUCGGGGUUACCAUAGAUACCUCCAGGUGUGUGUGUGUUAAUGUGUGUUUACUGGUCAGCUGAGUUGGCGUGUAUAGCAGUGCUAUACCUCACAAGUGUGGGGGGGGGAGAUUCAGGAUGGAGUGGUUUAUGGUCAGUAAAGUCACCUUUUACUACAUUUGGUGUUGUUAGGCUAGAGAUAUUGCUGUGAACAUAACUUUAUUAUUUUUUGGUUUCUUUUUUUAACCUGUAUUUAAAUGUGUAUCUUUCUUUGUUACAUAUUUUGUUUAACUGUAACUGAGAGCCCCAAUUGUGCACUUUGACAGAAUCAUGUUAAAUGUAGAGUUAUAUGACAAUGAUUUUUCCUUUUUUUUCUUUUCUGUUUUUUUACUGUAUCAGUAAAUGUUCUUUGCUUUCGAGUGACGAUGUAAGAGACAGGGCCUGCCAGCUCCUCCUGUUGGCCACCACCUGUUACUGUUCUGAUAUAGAACAAAAUAACAAAAACAAGAACACUGAGAGAACAGACCUCGUCCGGGGCUGAGCAAUCCCCCACCUAUAUGUUGUUUAACCCAGAAUUUUCAUGCCCAUCUCCAUCUGACCUACAUAUUUUAAAAAUGUUAUGUAUUUGUGAAAACAUGUCUCAAAAUGAGACCUAUCUUUGAUGAAAAAAAAUGUUCAUGCAAAUCUGUCCAUUAAGUUUUGCGUUAUCCUGCUAACAGACAAACUGCACCAAUCAGACAACCUUCUUGGCUGAGGUAACAACAAAGAUUGCUGCAAAGGGAUCAAUCAUGCCAGAAUUUGAAUUUAACAUUCUAAUCUGACAACUAGGUGAUGUGGACACUGACUUAAACCGGUGGGGGGGAUUUCAGCCUAAACCAUCCCCCGGGCCUUUUCCGAGAAGGAUGAGUUUGUUGUCAGGUUUUCAACUGAAGUACGGGCGGAAAAAGAAAACACCCCCAGGCCCACACUCCUUUGCACAGAAAUAUACUUGGGGUAACUCGGGAGGCCAACAAGAGGAGGCUGAGGCGCAAGAAAAGUGGUGAGGCAAAAGAGUUGGAGUUAGAGAAAUAGAGAGAGAGAAUUUGAGUGUGCAUGCGUGCAUCUGUGAUUUCACUGAGUAUUUGAUGCAGAAUGGGACACAAACACUGUCCUGUUAUGUUGAUUUGUAUAUUUUCAUGUUUCACUGUCAAGAGAUUUUCAUGAAUUUGCUUUUGAUAAGAUUAUUAUUACUUUUAAUGUUGAAUGUGGAUUUUUUUUUUGCUUGUUGUGGGUCUGUGUGUUGGAGUCCCACAUGAAAACGGCAUGCCUUAAAUUAAACUCUGAAGAGCGGAGGGUUAAAAGUUGAUUGAUGGAUUUGAUUACAGAUAUAAAGCCAAUGUGGAUUUGAUUGAAUCCUAAAGGUGACUUUGUUGAAAAAUGUCAAUGUGCUUGCCUGCAAUAGGUUGGCUUUAACCUGUUCAUUGCAGGAUGCUGCCCGUUGUGCCUUAAUAAUAAUAAAAAUAAAAAUACUGGGGGAAUUAAAUCUGAUAAUUUUUAUAUAAACUUUUAUCAUUGUAUGUGUGAUGUGAUAUUUUAACACCACCUUUUCCUCAGAUGCUCCUUGUCUAACUUUGGGAAAGCUUAGAUUUAUUGUUGUUUAUACUGUAUACAGCAGAAUGUUGAAAUGUAAUGGUUGUCUUGUGUAAGAGAAACAUCAAUAAAGUUUUUUUCUUUCUUUAUCAA